AUGACAACGAUGUUCGUCCAACUGCGUGGUGUGGUGUACCUGUUGGUACUUCUGCAGUUCUGUGUGUGUGUGUGCUUAGCAGGGGUAAGUGGAGCAAAAAGCGAAGUUGAACAGGCGGAGGGAGGACUAAAACGGUGGUUGGAGGAUGUGGAGAAACAAUUACCGGGGGCGAAGUCCUGUCAGAAUGUAUGGGAGGAGCACAAUAAGAAAUACAAGGAACAAGCAGACCGUGUCGUGAAUCUCACCAAGGAAAUGGAGGAGAUUGUUAGGAAGACAAAGGAACUUGGGAAAAAAUGGGAGCCGUCAGGAAGUAGUGUGGCGGAGCAGGCUGACGCGGAGGAAAUGAUUGCCUUUGUGGACACGGUAAGCAAAAACGUAAGCGAAAAUAAGAAAGUAAUUGCUGCGGCUCGAUUAACAGUCGAGGAAGCAAGGAAGUUGGUUGAUUGUACGACAUUCCUUGGUAACUUGGAGGAUCUGAUAACGGAUAAUAAGAAAGAAAAUCUUAAUUACUGGAAGGGAGAACUCGAGGAGGAAAUCAAAAAGAGUCUAACGAUAGAGCGGCAGGAAUCCAUUCGGGAGCUCAUUCGAAAAAGUAAAGAGACUGAAGAUGAUGUGGGAAAACUCGUGGAUAAGCUUCGGCUAAACAAGGUACGCAGUGCAGGUUAUUCGAGGGAAGUGAUAAUGAAUCUGGGCAAUGCGACGGAUGCGGUGCAAACAGCAGUGGAAAAGUUCGAAUCUUUGAAGGAGGAGGUCGAGAAAAAAAAAAGUGGAUUUAAAGAAAAGGUGGAUGAACUCAGAAAAACCAGGGUGUCUGUAACGGCGCGAAGGCAGAUUUCCACUGUGGAGCCCAAGGUGAGUUCUAACGAAAGCGGAGAGUAUCCGGCAAAGGAAGUGGAGUGGAAAGCCACUGCGGGUGGGAGUAGUGGGGCGAGUCCAGUCACCGGGGCAAGCGGUCGGGAAUAUGGUGUCCCAUUGAACACCAAUGAAAUCGUGCAGAAACUGAACGAAGAAGUGGAGAAGGAAAAAAAGAUCUUGGAACAGAAGAAAAUCGAAGAAAAAAAAGCUCUUGAGGAAAAAAUAAAGGCUGAAAUAAGACGGAAGGAGGAAGAGGAGAGAGCAAGACUGGCUGCGGAAGAGGAGAGAGCUGCGAAGGAAAGAGCGAGGGUGGCCGAAGAAGAAAAGAAAGCUGCAGAAGAAAAGGCACGACAGGAUGAAGAAAGGGCGAGAAUGGAGGCGGAGAAAAAGGCCAAGGAAGAAAAGGCGAGACUGGAGGCGGAGAGAUUGGCAAAAGAAAAGGCUAAGCAAAAGAAGAAAGACGGCAGCAGUCCUGCAUUGGUGCACAGUUCCUUGAUUCUUCUUGUCCUGUCUGUAUUGGGUUGCACUCUCGUGUGCUGA